CCUCCCGCCCCCUCCCUCCUCUGCUUGGAGGAGCCUACUUCAAAAGCCUGGUGCGCCGGCCUGUGUGCUGGCUUGGUGGCUGCGGCGCCCCCUCCCUGAGGACCCGGGACCAUGUGUGAGGCCCACUGGCGGGACUGAAGGAGGGCCUGACCCUGGGAGGCCCAUGGUGCCCCCCAAGCCUGCACUCUGGGCUCUCCUGCUGGCACUGCUGGGGAUAGUGCCAAGCUGGGCUGGGCUCCACACCUGCAGCGUCCCUGACGUGCUCCGCCACUACCGUGCGGUCAUCUUUGAGGACCUACAGGCAGCUGUGAGACAGGUUGGGCCAGGGGUGGAAGGGACCAGACCAGGCUCCAGACACCUCUAUAUCAUUCAAAAAAAUCUGACUGGGGCCGCAGCCCUGCAGCGGCGACGACCAGUGGGAGCCUCCUGCAGAGCCCAGAAGGAACACAGUAUCCUGCUGUCCAUUGCGUCUCUGGGUCAGACUCUGCGCGGUGCAGUGGCUGGGGACCGACGCGAUGCGCUGGAGAAAGCAGCGUGGACUGUGGCCGUGCGCACGGAGGCAGUGAUGCGGCGCCACUGCAGGACGCUGCGCCAGCUGAGCCGGCGGCCCGGGACGCGCCCUGCCCGGCGCCGCGGCGGCCGGAGGCGGCUUCUGCUGCGGGCCCUGGACGCCGUCGCCACCUGCUGGGAGAAGCUCUUCGCGCUGCGCGCAGCGGCCACGUAGGGCUCCUAGCGCGCGCUGCGCGGGGCGGAGGCCGGAACCCACCUUGUCUGCGGACGACCGCGCCCCGGAGCGCCCAGGACCUGGAAAUGAGAGCCCCGGUCCCGGCCACAGCCGGUCCCGGAGGUGGCCCGCCCUCCGUGCGCAGAGCGAGGCCUCAAUAAACUGCAGGUGCUGCG